CAAGCCACACCAACAGGUCCGACCAGAUAGUGGGAGGAGAGAGUGAGAGGGAAGUACACAGGGUGAGAGAGAGAGAGAACGAAGGACAGGAGAGAACUGGAAUAAGACGACAGAGGGAAGAGAGGAGAGAAGAGGGGGAAGGCAAUUAAAAAGGUGUUGGACUUCACAGCUUCACGGUAUGAUUAUUUAUGUGGACAAAAAAACAAAUCAGUCUUGACUACUGGUGAAUGACAUACUGAUACAACUAUACAGAAGAGCAUUUCCUUCAUUAUGAACGAUGCAAAAGGGAGCGAGAGCCACAGCUCCAAGAUGACACAGCAGAACAAAUUACCUCAAGCCGAGAGGAAGAACAGGUCCGUGCGUCGAAGCAGGAGCAGCGAUGCAGGCCUGGGUGAGAGGGACGGCCGCAGGAUGGAUCGGAGCCGGACGGAGAGGAGGCAGCGUGGACGGAGCGAGGAACGACGCGGGUCGCGGGUCUCUGGGAACAGGGGCCGUGACGAUUACACAGAGGACACCGAGUGCAUCGUGUGCUUCUGCCCUUAUGACAACGUCUUCAAGGCCCCGAAGAUUCUGGCCUGCGGGCACACGUUCUGCCUGGAGUGCCUGGCCCGCAUCAACGUGUCGUCCACCGAGCUGAAAUCCCUGGCCUGCCCCAUCUGCAGGGGGCUGACCGAGCUACCCCAUGGCCGGGAUCUGCCACAGCUGGACAACAACAAGGACAUUUUCAGCAGGCUGCCCCCGGAAAUGCAGCGGGCGCUGUCCGUGCGCUUUCAGCGCAGUAAGGGCAAGCUCGUCCUGAAGAAGCCCCCCGCAUUCAACAAGCCUGCCACGUCCAGCCUCGCCCUGCCCAAUUUCAAGAAGGAUAAGAAGAAACACCAGGCUGAAGAAGGCAAUCUGCAGCUCGGGAACCUGGAGGCAGGCCUUGCCCAAGCCACCACCAUCGAUGUGGGUCGCCCUCCUAGCAGGGUAAGGACCCGCAUGCGUCAGAUCAUGCGCUCCAACCACUGCUAUUAUGCAGUGGUGGCAGCCAUUAUCAUAAUAACAGUCACCCUGAUGCUGGUGGGGAUCCUGGCAUUUGUUGUGAUGCCAUUGGCGCCAGUGGGCAGCCAGAUUAAUGCCGGAAACACAUCGAAUGAGCACCGUCCAUGAAGGAGCGAAAUAGAAACGGUGGAAGUGAAACUGGAUGGAAAGUGGAACAUGCAAAUGUUCUGCAUGUGGAGCUCAGGAAGAGUAGCAAACAGGGGCAAGGAGUUCUGUUGUUAUCACUUUCCAAAAGAACACUCAGGCAGUGUAACCUUGAGGAACUGCGGAACUGUAGGGAAGCUGGGGACUACACGCGCAUAAAUGAUUAACGCAAAAACAAACCGAAUACAUCGACACCAUUAAGAAUUAACGCGGAACACGGAAAAUGACAAAAAAAGAAAGAAAACUGUGAUACUAAAAAAAUUGUACUGUGACGCUUUAAUGAACUGGAGUUUUUUUCCCUUUGGUUUUCCUUGUGGUAAAAGUCUUCGUAUGGCUUAAUGGGAAACGCUGCACUUCUUGGAGAAAGUUUGUGGGUAAAUAAAACAAAAGUUUAAACAAGAAUGAAAACGGGGGGGGGGGG